AUGGAAGAAAACAAACAAUGCAACAGUAUGGCUAAUGGUAAUUUUGAAGAAGUUCCCAGCAAGGAGGUAACUGAGUAACCACCUACUGUACAGAGAUACUACUUUGUUAAAAAUUUAGUGGAUCAACAUCAACCCAAGAAGGUUGCAGACUUGGGCUUCAGUGAUGCCACACUUAGAUGGAUGCUAAAAUUCCACAGUUGCACUGAACAUCUUCUUGGAAUAGAUAUUAUUGCUGCCAAUUCCUUACAAUGGGAAGGGACUAAGUUGACUCCAACAGUGGGGGAUUAUCUAGCUCCUUGGGACCUAGAUUUGACUAUAACCUUGUAUUGUGCUUCUGCUGUACAGAAAGACUCUCGUUUGCUUGGAUUUGACUUCAUAACAUGUACUGAAUUGAUAGAAUACUUAGAUUCUGAAGAUCUGGCCAAGUUUCCUGAAGUCAUAUUUGGGUACUUUUCUCUGGGUAUGGUUGUCAUCAGCACACCAAACUCUGAAUUCAAUCCCCUGUUUCCAGCAUCAACCUUUAGAAAUCCAGAUCACAAAUUUGAGUGAAACAGAAUGCAGUUUCAGACGUGGGCUUUGGAUGUGGCAAAUCUCUACAAUUACUGCAUCGAGUUUACUGGUAUGGAGGCUCCACCAGCAGGAGCUGAACAUGUUGGCUACUGUACCCAGAUAGGGGUCUUCCAGAAAAACAUAGCAAAGGCAACUGAAUCGUGCAUUUCAGAGCCACAGGAACAUGUUCAUAAAGCUGUUUUUACAACCUCAUACCCGAGUUCACAGCAAAAAGAAUACCUCCGGCUUGUUCUGAGCGCCGAGGUGUUAAAAGCAGUCGACUUUAUGAAAGUCGGGUUUCUUCUGGAUCCGAAGAAAAGCGCGGUCAAGUGGUUCCAGAAGGCAGAUGCAUCCAACGAUGGAUCAACCCUCACAGAAGCUCAAGGAGCCCAAACAGAGCAGUCCCCCAAACCUUACAGUAUGGGAAAGGUUUUUGUACCCCUGGAAAGACUCACUGCUUAUCCGAUGGUGAACCGCUUGGUGGACAGUGUGGAGAAGCGGAGAACACUGUUUGCUGAAGCAAUUCGACUAAACAGAGAUCAAACUGCGGUGCAGGCAGACUUGAUUGAUUACCAUACACGAAACCUCCUUAAGUCUUCAUGA